AUGGAACUUGCGGAAAUUCCUGAGUUGGAUUUGGUUUCUUCUUCUUGUGAGGCUUUGGAAUCAGGAGAGAUGAACAUAGGUUCACAGAGAAUUUUGGUUUCAGAUCACAUAAAGGCAUAUCAAUACUCUUCUGAGAAAGUAGAUAGCUUUGUGGUUGAUAUGGAUUCUUUCUCUUCCAGCAUCCACAAAGACAUCAUCAAUGCCAAUUCAAGAACAACAUUGCAGAGGAGCCUUUCUAGGAAAGGAUCUCAACGUUGGGGUGAUAGAAAUAUGAAUGGUGGUAAUGUCACAGUUCAAGACAAAGAUAUUGUCCCUACUACAUGCUCUCCGAAAGCUUCUUUGUUAGGACCCUCCAAGUCAACAGUAAUGGCGGUAGGGUCCAUACAGAAUUCAGCAAACAUACAACAACAAGUACAUCAUCAAAUUACUAUCACAACAGCUAGUAGUAACAUCUGUAACAACAACACAGAAAACAAAUGUAUGAUGAAGAGAAAUAGUUUUGGAAGAUCUUAUUCAUGGCUCCUUGAUCCCAAGAAAAUUCUUCUUAUCUUUGCCACAUUGUCAAGCGUUGGAACAUUAUUACUGAUAUACUUGACUCUUAGUAUCAGCAAACAUAAUAAUGGAGUUGAAAAUGGAAGUGAUUUGCAGUAG